GCUCCCAACUCGGUGGCGCCCGGAGAGCGGACACUGAGUGUGAGACUUCGCCUCCUAUCCCUCCCCUUCGCCCUCCCUCCGGGGUCUCUGCCUCCGUCUUUUUUAAAAGCUGCGUCACAUGCAUGCCGUUCCUUGAAGGCUCCCAGCCCCUCGCCGCCCGCCAGCCGUGCGGCGCACGCACGUCGUCUCUCGCUGCGCGCCCGCCCGGGUCACUUUGACACGGUUCUCUCCUCCCACUAGCAGGCAAUUAGCAUAUUAAUAAAGCUCGGCCCAGCCGGAGGAGCGCUGGAGAGCGGGCGCCUACGGGAGCGGGAGGGAGGAGAGCGAGAGGGAGAGGGGGGCAAGCGGCGGCAGCGUUGGCGGCGGGAGCGCACAGACACGCACACGCGCACACACGGACACACACUUGGGGGACGCACACCCGCGUGCACACACGCAGCGGCAGCUCGCCUUCCUUCCUGGCUUCCUUCCUGUCUGCUCCGCGCCUGACAGGCCCCUUCGCUGCAGCCAGGGCCCGCCCGCAGCGGUCGGAGGCUGGGCCGAGGCCGGACCAGACAGGCAGCGAGGGUGGCGGAGGCCGCGGGCGGCGGCGGCAGCUCAUGCCCGGCCUGUCCCCGCGCGGGGCAGGCACUGUGACUCGGCUGGGCCCCCAGCGGCGGGCGAUGUGAAGAUGUCAGUGGGCUGUGCCUGUCCUGGUUGUUCCUCAAAGUCAUUCAAGCUGUACUCACCGAAAGAGCCCCCGAACGGCAACGCCUUCCCCCCUUUCCAUCCCGGCACCAUGCUAGAUCGGGAUGUGGGCCCAACUCCCAUGUACCCGCCUACAUACCUGGAGCCUGGGAUUGGGAGGCACACACCAUAUGGCAACCAAACUGACUACAGAAUAUUUGAGCUUAACAAACGGCUUCAAAACUGGACAGAGGAGUGUGACAAUCUCUGGUGGGACGCUUUCACAACUGAGUUCUUUGAGGAUGACGCCAUGUUAACCAUCACUUUCUGCCUGGAGGAUGGACCAAAGAGAUACACCAUCGGCCGGACCUUGAUUCCACGCUACUUCCGCAGCAUCUUUGAAGGGGGUGCUACGGAGCUAUACUAUGUGCUUAAGCACCCCAAGGAGGCAUUCCACAGCAACUUUGUGUCCCUUGAUUGUGACCAAGGCAGCAUGGUGACCCAGCACGGCAAACCCAUGUUCACCCAGGUGUGUGUGGAGGGCCGGUUAUAUCUGGAGUUCAUGUUUGAUGACAUGAUGCGGAUAAAGACUUGGCACUUCAGCAUCCGGCAGCACCGUGAGCUCAUCCCCCGCAGCAUCCUUGCCAUGCAUGCCCAGGACCCCCAGAUGUUAGACCAGCUCUCCAAAAACAUCACCCGGUGUGGGCUGUCCAAUUCCACUCUCAACUACCUCCGACUUUGUGUGAUACUGGAGCCCAUGCAGGAGCUCAUGUCCCGCCACAAGACCUAUAGCCUCAGCCCUCGUGACUGCCUCAAGACCUGCCUUUUCCAGAAGUGGCAGCGCAUGGUAGCGCCCCCUGCGGAGCCCGCCCGACAGCAGCCCAGCAAACGGCGGAAACGGAAGAUGUCAGGGGGCAGCACCAUGAGCUCGGGAGGCGGCAACACUAACAACAGCAACAGCAAGAAGAAAAGCCCAGCCAGCACCUUCGCCCUCUCCAGCCAGGUACCUGAUGUGAUGGUGGUGGGGGAGCCCACCCUGAUGGGCGGGGAGUUCGGGGACGAGGACGAGAGACUCAUCACCCGGCUGGAGAACACCCAGUUUGACGCGGCCAACGGCAUUGACGACGAGGACAGCUUUAACAACUCCCCUGCCCUGGGCGCCAACAGCCCCUGGAACAGCAAGCCUCCAUCCAGCCAAGAAAGCAAAUCGGAGAACCCCACAUCACAGGCCUCCCAGUAAAGGCCUCUCCAGGGCCACCCAGUGCUCUGCCUGCCUGCCCCACCCCUUGCAGCCCCAAGGAGCAGAAGACGGAAUGAAGAGACUGAGCAUCUAAAAUGGGCAGCCUCCAUCCACCCACUUCAGGGAGGAACUGGACUCGCUGGGGGCAGGUGCCAAGAUUUGCCCCCCAGUGGCCCUGGGCUGGGCCUAGCCUCUGCAGAGCCUUUUGGUGGAAGGGGGUACUCAUGUGGAUGCCUAUGUGGACCCUGGGCCUCUGAGAAAUGUCCUGACCCCUGUCCCCCCAGGGCAUUUGCCUCCAUCCUCAUUUCAGGUUCUCGGUUCCCUAUUCUCCUAACUCCACCCCCUUCAAGCCUGGGUUGCCUAUACCCACAGCCCUUAGGGACUUAAAGUUAUGGGGCUUCGUUGAGUGCCCCAUCCCCUAGGUGGCUGGUAGUAGAGGGGUAAGGCUCUGGGCUCCUCCCUUCUGCCACCUAUUCCAGCUUCAAGUUUUUUAAAAAAUAACAUUAUUAAAAAUGUAAGUUUAAAAAAAGGUCA